AUGUGGUUAGUAAACGACCGGUUCACGGUCCAGCAUGCGGAAGAGGUGUACUCGGUCACGCCACGCGAGGACAAGAAAGCUGUGAUGCUCUUGGCGCCUACGAAGAAGAUCUUUUCUCGAGGCGACACUCUUAACCUUGCGACUCUGUCCGUGGAACUAGAGGCACAGUUCGAUGGCGUGAUAUCCCUUGAAAUCACCCACCACGCUGGUGCUCGACGACUCGGACCAGAUUUUGAUUUGUUCCCGGAUGGACGACCUGAUCAGACUGGCGAUGUCAAGCAAAGCGCAGAUGGGAAGGGGACCACCAUCACCUCUGGUUCGCUCAGUGCGACCGUCAGUGGUGACGAACACACUUUCGACAUCAAGUUCCACGCUACUGACGGCUCAAAACACCUGACCUCCCUACUCAAUCGCAGCGUUGGCUUUGCGUAUUCGCCUGCGCUUCGCACGCCAAAACAGGUCGAAGAUCUGAGCGCACACAACCACUACGUGUUUACGCAAACAGAGCUUAGUGUUGGCGAGUCCAUUCACGGCCUUGGUGAGAGGUUCGGUGCGUGGAACAAGGUUGGCCAGAAUGUAGAAGUGUGGAACGAAGACGGUGGCACGUCUAGUGAGCAGGCAUACAAGAAUGUUUCAUUCUGGUUGAGCUCGAGAGGCUAUGGUGUUUUCAUCGACACACCAGAUAAGAUUGACAUGGAAAUUGGAAGCGAGCGUUGUUCGAGGCUACAAACUACCGUUGAAGGACAGCGGCUGAAGUGGUAUCUUAUCUAUGGACCGACACCAAAGGAGGUGUUGACAAAGUACUCUAUCUUAACUGGCAAAGCCAACCGCGUUCCAGCAUGGUCUUACGGUCUCUGGCUCAGCACCUCUUUCACUACAUCUUAUGAUGAAGAUACCGUCAACCACUUUGUAUCGCGCAUGUCAGAGUCUAAGAUACCUGUCGAGGUCUUUCACUUCGAUUGUUUUUGGCUUCGUGCCUUCCACUGGUGUGACUUUGUCUGGGAUCCCGAGUCGUUUCCCGACGCCAAAGGGCAGAUUCAACGUGGAAAGGAAGCCGGUCUCUUCAACAAGGUUUCGGUAUGGACAAACCCCUACGUCGGACAAGCAAGCCCUGUGUUCAAGUACGCAGCUGAGAAGCGCUACCUGCUAAAGAAGACCAACGGCGAUGUGUGGCAAUGGGACCUGUGGCAGACAGGCAUGGGUGUGGUGGAUUUCACGAAUCCCGAAGCUUGCAAAUGGUUCAGCGGCUGCAUGGAACAACUAUUCGACAUGGGUGUGGAUUCGAUCAAGACCGACUUCGGGGAACGCAUUCCCACCAAGAAUGUUGAAUGGCACGACAAAAGCGUGGAUCCCAGUCGAAUGCACAACUACUACGCCUUUACCUACAACAAGCUGGUCUAUGAAGCGGUGCAGAAGCGAUUCGGCAAGAAUGAAGCUAUCCUGUUUGCACGCACGGCGUGCGCUGGGUCUCAACGCUUCCCACUCCAGUGGGGCGGUGACUGCGAGUCCACACCCGCUGCGCUUGCUGAGUCAGUACGAGGAGGGUUGAGUCUCGGCUUGGCCUCUUUUGCAUUCUGGACCAGCGACAUUGGUGGCUUUGAAGGCAGUCCUCCGCCAUGGAUCUACAAACGUUGGGUGGCUUUCGGACUACUGAACUCACACAGUCGACUUCACGGAUCGAACUCAUACCGUGUGCCUUGGCUGGUAGAUGACUCCUCAAAGGAGCCGGAGAAUUGCACAGAUGUUUUGCGACACUGGGUCCAGCUUAAACGUCAACUGAUGCCGUACCUGUACUCUCAAUCCAUCGAGAGCGUUGCGAACGGGUGGCCAACAAGCGUCCGUGCAGUUGCUCUCGAAUUUCCCGACGACCCUACGUCGUGGUACUGUGAUCGCGAAUUUAUGGUUGGUAGUCAGAUACUGGCUGCACCUGUCUUUGAAGAAGAUGGUAGCGCUGAGUACUAUCUACCACCAGGCCGAUGGUUUAGCUUCUGGGACGGCAAGGAAGUUGAGGGCGGCAAAUGGAUCCGUGAGAAGUACGGUUUCCUCCAAACACCGCUGUUUGUGCGCGAAGGAACUGUGCUAGUCCUUGGACAAGCAGAAGGUUCAGGCGGGUUUGGCUAUGAUUGGCUGACCUCGGGAGGUGAAGUGCGUCUGUACGGCGUCAAGCAAGGUGACAAAGCCGUGCUGGUGGAUACCAACGGUGAGGAGAAGGGUGCCCUUGAAGUCGACUCCAAUGGUGAGCUCACGGGUAUGGGCGCCUUGAGCGGCGAGUGGAAGGUCUCGAAACUUGGAUAG